AAAUGUCUUUUCUGUCCGUCCUGCUGCCUCCGACAGGCCUCCUCCUCCUCCUCCUCCUCUCCUUCAUGUCCUCAGUGGACGGCUCAGAGUCCAGCGUGCCUCACCCGAUCUCCUGUGUGACCCGGGGAGCCGACCUGACGGAGGACGGGGUGGUGCUGCUAUGUCCUCCUGACUGCACCCAGGGGGGGGGGUCUGUGUUCGGGACGGGAGUCUACGCCUCCGUCUCCUCCGUCUGUGCAGCUGCUGUCCACAGGGGGAUGCUGGGUCCGUCCGGAGGCCCCGUCAGGAUCCACAAGCUGCAGGGCCGUCACAACUACAUGAGCUCCUACACCCACGGCAUCCAAUCACAGCCCCUGAGCCAGUGGAGCGCCUCCUUCCGCCUCACCAAGCCUGUGAAUGUGCCAUUAGAGCUGACCAGUGUCACCAGUACCACAGCUCUUCCUGCAGCUGAACGACCAGUGAAGAAGCCUCAGAAGAAGCCCUCAGUGAAGAAAGCUCUGACAGGUGGAAAUAAAGACUGUCAGAUCGACAUCGCCAUGCUGAUCGACAGCAGUAACAACAUCGGACAGCGAAGGUUCAACUUGCAGAAGAACUUUGUCGUCAAACUGGUCUCCAUGUUGAGGGUGGGACCGACUGGACCACAUGUGGGCCUGAUACAGGCCAGUGAUUCUCCCCAGACAGAGUUCCUCCUCAACAACUACACUCAACCUAAAGAGCUGACGUUUGCCAUCAAGGAGGUGUCUUACCUGGGAGGAAACACCAACACAGGUAAAGCCAUCAUGCAGGCAGCAGAGACCUUCUUCCUCCAGGAGAACGGGGGGAGGCGUGGUCACCCGCGGGUCAUGAUGGUGCUGCUUGAUGGUUGGCCCUCUGACGACCUGGAGCAGGCGGCCCUGCUGGCACGUGAGUCCGGCAUCAACGUCUUCCUGGUUUCCGUGGCCAAGCCGGUGCCGGAGGAGCUCUCCAUGGUGCGAGACAAGGACUUUGUGAAGAAGGCGGUUUGUAAAGAUAACGGCUUCUUCAGCUACUUGAUCCCCGGCUGGUUCACCACCACCAAGCACGUGAGACCCCUGAGCCAGAGACUCUGCUCGCUGGACGCCCUGCUCUGCAGUAAAACCUGCUACAACUCGGUGAACAUCGGUUUCCUGAUCGACGGCUCCUCCAGUGUGGGGGAGGGGAACUUCCAGCUGGUCCUGGACUUCCUGGUGGGAAUCACCAGGAGCUUCGAGGUCUCGGACGUCGGCGCUCGUGUCGGUGCGGUGCAGUUCACCUACGAGCAGCGGCUGGAGUUCGGCCUGUUCGAUCACCACGACAAGGAGGAGGCCAUCACCGCCCUGAAGAGGAUCCGCUACAUGAGUGGAGGGACGUCCACAGGGGAGGCCAUCAGCUACACCACCAACAAGCUGUUCAGACGAACGGGACCAGGACGCAACUUCCUCAUCGUGGUGACAGACGGCCAAUCAUACGAUGACGUGAGGCACCCGGCGCUGGAGGCCCAGAAACAAGGCAUCACCAUUUACUCUGUGGGCGUGGCCUGGGCCCCCCUGGAUGACCUCAGAGCGAUGUCAUCGGAGCCCAAAGAAGGACACACCCUCUUUACCAGAGACUUCACCGGCCUCACGGAGUUCAUCCCUCUGAUCGUCAAGGGCAUCUGCCGGGACUUCACCGAGAGCAACUGAGAACACACACACACACACACACACACAGACACACACACACACACACACACACAGACACACACACACACACACACACAGACACACACACACACACACACACAGACACACACAGAUACACACACACACACACACACACACACACACACAAACAGAUGCUCAUGUUUGUAAACUGAAAAACUGAAAUGAAACCAAAACUUUGAUCAAUUAAACCAAAUAGAAGUUUCCUCUCUCAGAAUCACACACACACACACACACACACACACACACACACACACACACACACACACGAACACACAACCUGUAAAUAAACCCUUCACACGUUAACAACAUGGACAGAUAUGAUUUACACUAAGAACUUUUUUCUAUUUGAUGAAGGAGGCGUUGGAUCCUCAGCACAUAUGAACUCAUUCACUUAACAACUCAGAUUAUCUUUCAAAUAUAAAUCGAACACUAUGAAAAACUUUUAAUAAUUAAACAACUUGGAUCAUUCGACAAACCACAGAUUAAAGAUGGAAACGAUUCCCUGAUGAAGAUGAACUUAUGAGCUUUAGCUCUGAGAUCGUUCAGAAUCUAAGAUGCUUCAUUAAAUUAACAUUAUGAGGAAACUGGAGCAGAAAUUAUCUGCUGUGAAAAUGAGAUCAGAUUCAUAACUGUUCAUGUUUCAGUUUAUUUCUUAUUGACCAGACUUCAUAUCUGUAUCUUUAAUUCAUAUGAGAUCCUGUACAUAACAUUUCAUUAUGAGAAAACGUGUCCAGAUACUUUUUCCUUUAGAAAAUAUCAUUAAUGAAUAAUAACACAAAUUAAAAAUGUAUUUUAUUUCUUUUUUUAUACAUUUAUAUAAAUUUAUUGUUUUUUGUUAAAUGUGAAGAUUUCACUUCUUGUGACUGAUGCACGAUAUUUAUCUCAAAAUGUUUCUCGUGUUUUCUGGAGAUUUUGUUUCUGAUGUUUUUUCUGUCCAACGUCUUUGACUCUGGAUAAAAAACACUAGAUGGUUUUUUUAAACGUUGAAUUGAUUCUGAACUUUUCCAUUUUGAGUAAAACAGACUGAGCUUCAGGUCGUGUUUAUUUAUGUGUAUUUUAAUAACUUUAUCUCUUUUGUAAGAAAAACUCUAGAGCACCGAGUUUCAUCUUCUUCUCCUUGAGAACAUUUAUCUGAAAUAAAACUUGAGCUUUUUCCAAAACCUUUAAAGUGCACGUGACAUUUUCAAUUGUGCAAAAUUCCUUUUUCUCGUUUAUACGUGAACGAAAUGUUUUUAAUUGGUCCAUCACAAUGAUAAUUAUAAUAAUGUAUUUCUACAGAACUUUGUCUUAGAGGGAAGAAACUAAUUCACAAGUAUUUGUACUUUUAAUUAUUGAUUCACUCAAACUAAUAAAACUCAGAGUUAAAUCCUUUGAACAUGUUCUUUUUGUAUUGUAUUUAUAUAAACCCUUCUCCAAAAUAGAAUAAACUUUUACUUUAAUAUCGUUACAAAGGGAUUUUGUAGAAAGAAACUUCUAUAAGUAAUAAAACCGUGGACAUGUUCUUUCUUGUUGUUUGACAUUAACACAGAUGAUUAUUUCCCCUUUCAUAGAAUCAGUUUAUUAAAUGUUUGUAGUUUUGGAAAAGGAAAGUGAUGAUCAUGUAAUUUAAAGAACAUGAAAAAGAUCAUUUGUAUGAAUUCUCUUCUGUUUGUAAACGUCUCGUGUUUCCAAAUAAAGAACUCAUGUUUUUACA